GGACUUCUUAGUUUAUUGGAUUUUCAUUGAAAUCCUUGCAAAAUGCUCUAGGAAUUCAAAAAUCAGGAAGUAAGCAGAACCAUUCUAUAUGGCGGAUCGCCGUAAAGAUAUGUGGCGGCUGUUGUACAGCGUGGUCAAUCGUGAUGAGACCGGUCUUUACGAUGUUCUAGUAUUUGUGGAUGACAUACUGUGCAAGGAGCCAAGUUUGAUCAGGCAUUCGCUAAAGGCCAACACAAAUAAAUUUCAAGAUGCCUUCAUUUUGUGGUUGGUUAAUAAAUUGGUUAGAUCCAUGAAUUUCGAGGACGAAGGUGAUGGCGAGCUUACCGAGAAGAAUCUAAAAAUCCAGUGUAAACUUCUAAAUUCCUGCCUUGUUAAUCGAGUGGUUCUAUUUGAAAAGCUAAUCAAGGCAUAUGUAUAUGCCAUAGACGAAUUGUGCGAGCAGUAUAAUAAAAUUGACAUAUCUUUGGAUGGAGUUCUGCUAAAGAUCUCAGCAUUUUCUACCGAGGACCAUGAGUUGUUGAAAGAAAUAGACAGCUCCUUCAUGUUUCCCCUUAUAGAAAUUAACAGCGAUAUGAUGGAUGACUAUGUACAGGCUCUAUUGCAGUUAGUACAACAUGGUUUGUGUAUGGGCUAUGUUAAUUUUCCUCAGAUAUUCCGUAACACCCUAAUGAUUAUAUUCAAGGUGUUGAAAAUAUGCGAUUUUCCCACAAAAUUGUAUUGUUUGCAAUAUGUGGCCAGUGUUUUCGAGCGUUCAUUCUCCCUGCAGGAAUUGCAGGGCAUGUAUGAGCUUAGUUUAAGAUCUUUGAGCACAAUGUGGAAUUAUUGUCCCAUGUGGAUGGCCAAUCAUUGUUUGACACAGGACAACCUGGAUGACUUUAUAGAGGAGUCCAUGUUAUAUUUAAGAAUAUUGCAAAAGUUUAUACCCCACAUCAACGAAAGGGUUGUUAUUGAAAGACAUUGUUUUCAACUAUUGGAUAAUCUCUAUGAACUACACAAAUGGCAGCGGUGUCAAAGCGAUUUGGAUUUGUCGCGGCUCAAGGAAGUGGCAGAGACUUUGAGUGACUUUUUGCAUGGACUUUUUGUGGAAAACCUGCAGAGACCACCGAAAGUGGAAAGUAAAUAUGCCAAGGCUUUGAUAAAGUAUGGAGAGAUCUUUCCGUUUGUUUUGAGAGCCAUUACCCCACAUUUGAUUAGGGUGACUAAUAAAACCGAGUUAUGUGAGCUUUUGAAAGACUUGGAACUGAAAUUGAUAGAGGCCCUUAAAACGAAGGAAAACAAUGCCAAAGUAAAGGAAUAUUUGAGCUUCUUGUAUAUGUUGGAGCACAUGGUAAGGUGUAGCAAGCAAAAACCUCAGCACCUAGAAGAUGUGGAAACCAUUAGAGCUAAUAAACCAUGUCCAGUGUCAUUAUUUGAAGAAUUGCAGGAUUUUUCUAAGGAACCCCUAGUAGAUGCCAUUGCAUUGUGGUUGUCUGUACAAUCCAACAAACUACUUCAGCCCAUGCAACCAGAUGAAGUACAAGUGGCAGGAUUGUUGCUGCAAUGCUCCAGCGUUAACUCUAUGUUGUCCAGGCAUAUGCAUGAUAAGUUAUUGGAUAUCAUAAUGAAGCCUCUGCAAGGCAUAGAUCUAACAGCAAAAGAACAAUCCAACCAAUUAAUAACGACAAUAGAACUAUCAUUAAGUAUUCUGGCUUUGCCAGUCUUAUGCAUGACUUCUGCAUUACAGGGCCAUAGUAAAGCUGUAAGUCAAGCGUUGCAGAACUUGGGAAAACCUUUAUUUGAUGAACGCCUUAAUGCCAGACAUUAUCUUGUGGCAACUUUUACUCAAUACAUACCCUUCUACUUGGCCAAUAAUUGGCUAAGCAUGGACACCAUCAGCAAAGAUUUUAUCAAAAACUUUCAGGAUGAAAGUCUUUAUAUUCCCAUUUUGAAAACUUUGGCCUGCCUUAAUUGUAGCUCCGGCGAUAUAAUAGCCAUGAGCUCUUUUAGGCAAUUGAAAAAAAUUACAUGCCAUGAAUUUCCUCAAGUUAUGCUGAACGAAUUGCUAUGUGCGCAAUGCUACUUGAAAAUUCCAAGAAAUGGACAAAAUGCUCUUGUUGCUCAUGUGACUUUCAAAUCUUAUAAGCCGUUACAGAACCUAUGCCUACCGCCAAAAAUGAAAAACUUUUUGGCUCAGCAACUUUUCAUCAAUCCCCAUUUACAGUUUUUGACCAAUCAUUUGGAGUUUUGUCGUCUUACUUUGGGCGAUAAUAUUUUGGACUCUUUAUUUUCCCAUGAAGCCACAAAAUCCAAUCUGCAUGUGGCCACCCUUAACCCAAUUGUCAAAGAAUGUAUAGCCAAUGAUGCGGAAUUCCUAAAGGAAAUCUCUUCCUGCAUACUACAACACACUAUUGAAUCCCUAAAGACCACUAAUCAGCAAGAGGCCUCUGCAAAUCAAGCUCAUCAUCAACAAACCAUACUGCAAAUUAUCACCAGCUGCAGUCAAAGUCAAUUGCUUACUGAGCUAUGGCUGUAUCAUUAUUUUAAAAUGCUAUUCUUCUAUCUCAUUCAUCCGGAAUCGAAGGUGGUCCAUGAGGCCAUAUUGUGUGCCACCGAAAUGUGUAGUAACUAUCAAAAGCAGCCCAUACAGUUAUGGAAUUGGUACAAAAGAGAUGCCUUAAAUUUGAUAGUGCGCCUUAUGAUAUAUGUUUACAUAUCAAGAGGAGUACGUAUGACCAGAUCCCUGAAAGCGUUUACCAAAAUGCUUGGCUUUUCCUGUGUCCAAGAAUUCAUUUGCAAAUAUUAUCGCCUUUUGGUAACCAUGAUAUUACCCUAUUGCGUCAAAGAACCUCGUUGCAAGGGUCUUUUGAUAAGUAUUUCGAAAAUAACUCGCAAACCAGUGAACAACAUUUUCAUUGUUUCAUUUUUGCGUAUCUACACGCACAUAUAUUUGACCGAAGAGCCAGAAAUUGGCAAUAGAUGCAUUGAGUUGAUAGGAAAAUGUACUGGAGCCAGCCUCAGCAAGUUAAUGAAUACAGAUGUUAAGCAAACCGUUUCGGAGUUCUUGGUCUAUUUCAAUAGAAGUCCCACCUUUGUUAUGCAGGCCUUCACUUGUCUGCUACCCAAUGAAGUGGCUGCAGGAGCUGCCACAGUUGCCAGCACUUCGAAAUCCUUCAAAAGUCCUACACAUGAAUUUUGCAACUUUAUAGCUGAUCGUUUUUUGGGUGUCAUAACCUAUUUUCAAACUUGCCUGUCCGAGCCAUAUUUCGAGAAGCCCCUGAAAGAAGAAACCCUCUAUAGUUUGGGCCAAAUUAUGCGUUUGAUUGGCCCCAACAAUGUCACCCAAUUUCGUUUCAAAAUCAUAGCCAUGUUGAGUUUUGUGCUCACACUGGAUGAUCGUAAUUUGCAAAAUAUUUGCCUGAAGAUUUGGAAUAUUUUUCUGCAUACCGUCAAUAUAGGAGAAUUGGGAGCGUCGUUGAGUCGCAUAGUGGCCUCACUGCAACCUUUGAUAGAUAGCAACCCUGAGGAGAUCAAUGAAAUCUAUGAAUUUCUUAUAUUGAAAAGUGGCAGUCUAUUGGGAUCGCACAUCUCGGAUUUGUAUUUCCUAAAAGAUAGGCCCAAGGUGAAGCCAGCUAUUAAACAGAUGGUGGCCAGACAAAUGCAGCUGUUAAAAUCGGAGCCAGAUGACAUAGCAGAGAAAUUGAAUUUUCUAUACAAUCAGAUAUGCAAUGAAAAUAGUCAAGUGCGGGUGUAUGGCCUGAAUUAUUUGGGCAUUUUCAUUGCCCAAUACCGCAUGGAGAUUAAUCACAUGAUAUUGGAUACCAUUCCCUUGAAUCCCUUGAUAGAGCGCAUAGUGGAUGAGGUGAUCAAGGGCUGUCGCCAUGAGGAUCGCCUUAUACAUCUGGCUUCGGCAAAAUGUUUGGGUGAGUUGGGUGCCAUCGAUCCCAGUUAUAUGUCGGCAAAUUUUUCCUUUAUGGACUCUACCGAGAUCUCGCUGAGCAUGCACACCGAUGAUUUUGCCAUAAUGGCCUUAACGGAAUUGUGUCGCUCUUAUCAAUUUCAAAAGGACUCCAAAUAUGUGGAUAAUUUCUCUUUGGCCAUACAGGAGACUUUGUCCGUGUUUGGCAUAUCUCCCAAGGAGAGCAAGAAGCUGAAUGUCUGGGAUGCCUUACCACUGAGAAUGCAACAGAUUAUGGAGCCAUUGCUGACCUCAUGCUAUACGGGUUCGCGUCGUGACAAGAAAAUCUCGGAACAUCCUUUAUUCAAUAGCAGCUUGUGUCGCUCCUAUGAGGAGUGGUCCUUUGCCUGGUCCUGUCGCCUUAUAGAACUGGUGCAAACCGAUGAAACGAAGCGUCUGUUGAAUUCCUACAAGCCCAGCAUGAAGAGGGACAGCAAAAUGCUAUCCAUAUUCUUUCCUUACAUUUUGCUGCAUGUAUUACAGGAAUGCGAGGAGGCCAAACAAGAGGAAAUCUACGAAGAAUUUAUGGCGGUAUUCAAUUUUUGCAAUCGUGAUGCUGCUCUACAGGGUCGAGUAGAUGUGGGAGGCUUUAAGGAAUUCAAGUCCUCCAAAUAUUCGGCGGAUAAGGUGCAAAACUCCCAGGGAGGAGAGCAGCACAAGACAGGGGGCAUUGCCUCGGAGCAACAAUUUGAGGCUUUGGAGACGGUGACCCAGACAUGUGCCAAAUUAUGUUCGGAGCAAAUCGAUUUUCUGCAGCGCUGGAUCAAGGAAUGGCAAAAGCAAAAUAUGGUGAGAGGCAAGGCACGCCAAGAGGAUGACAAAUACAAGGCCAUUACCAAAUUCGUCAAUAAAUUCAACAAGUCCUUGAUUUCCAGGGCAAACUAUAACUCUGGAGAGUAUGCCAGAGCUUUGUUGUAUCUGGAGGAAUAUAUAGAGGAAAAGCCAGCCUCCAGAUUGCAGGAACAGUUGUCCUAUCUCAUUGAGAUACAUGGCAAGUUGAUGGAUUCAGAUUCUGUGGAGGGGGCGGUAUUUGUUAAGGAAACCGACUUGUCACUGGAGGAGGAGAUUUUGGUCAACCGUCUGGUGGAUCGUCCCCAGGAGACCAUUAAUUGCUACCAGCAAUUGCUGCUGAAGGGUGAGGCUCAACUAAAUCAGGAACAUGUUAGUGGCAUCAUUCAAAGUUAUCUGCGCAUGGAUACAGCUGAAACGGCUUUACUAAUCACCGAUGGCCUGUGGGAGAAAUUGGCUGAUCAAUAUAACGAUGACUAUUUCAAGGAGUGCAAGACUGAGCUUUUAUGGCGUUUGGGCAGAUACGAUGAGCUGCAGGAGUUGUUGGAGGACACUGCGGUGAGAAGCAAGACCAGCAAUUGGAAUAUACAGUGCGCGGAGUCCUUUUUGCUAUUCCGCCAGCCACCACCAGUCCAAGCAGAGGAGGCUUGCCAAGCGUUCGGGGAACAAUUGGAUGCUAUACGCUCCCACAUAGUGGCCAGCAUGCGUUCCUGUUCGGGGGUUACAGGCAAUUCCUAUACACAUUCCUAUGAUGAGGCCACUAGGCUGCACUUACUCAACGAAGUGGAAAAGAAUAAACUGCUAAUCAAUCAAUUGCAUGUUCAUUUGCAAAAGGCAGCCACGGGAGAGGGCGGUGGAUCAGACAGCAUCAACGACAGAUGCAUGCAAGAGCUGCAGACUUUCUUUAACAAUUGGGAUGCUCGCUUGGUGAUUUUGGAGCCUACUGCCAGAGUUCUAGAGCCAGUUAUAUGUUUCAGGCGCAAUUUACUGCUGGAGACCCAACGCAUAUUGCAACAUAAUCCCAGCUACAGCUCAUGCAACUUGGAGAUUUUGAAUCCCAUCAAUAGCAGCAUUAAUGAUCAAAUUGUCAAGCUAUGGCUGCGCAGCAUACAAAUGAAUCGUGAAUCGGGUUGCCUGCAACAGGCCGAAAUAUCCAUAAUGAGGGUGGAGCCCUAUAAGCCGGCCACCCUCUUUCUGGAGAAGGCCAAACUUUUAUGGCAAAAAGGCGACCAGACCAACUGCUUUAAGCUGCUGCAGGAUAACAUCAAUGCCCUGGAGGCCACCUGUAAUGGGGAAAUACGCCGCAUGGAACCCUCUAAGCGUGUCAUCUAUGCAGAGGCCAAGUUUUUGCAGGCCACCUUCAAUGCCGAGUCCAUGAACAUUUGCUCUGAGCUGAAUUUGAAAUAUUUCAAGGAGGCAGUGGCAGCCAAUCGCACUUCCGAAAAGUGUCUGCUGCAUUAUGCCCAGUACAUGGAGAAGAUCUAUGAAUCCUAUAGCCAGGAACAAAAGGAAAGUGAAAAUGGUUGUAGUCUGCUCAUAGACAUUAUGCUGUACUAUGCCAAGUCUUUAAAAUAUGGGCACUCUAAUGUCUAUCAGUCGCUGCCACGCAUACUCAGCAUAUGGUUGGAUUUCACCUCCCAAUUGGCUUCUACUGCUGCCGUGGAAAAUCAACACCAAUCGACUUCUAGUGGUCACUUGCAUCCGGCCAAAAUGAGUUUAUUCCAAAGUUUGGCCAAGAAAAUGAAUGAUAUGAUCAAUAAUUGUGUUACCAUGUUGCCUACUUCCAUUUUCUACACCGCCUUUUCGCAACUGCUGAGCCGCAUAUGUCAUCCUUCGCCAGAUGUCUUCAAAAACAUCUGCAACAUUGUCAUCAAGCUUAUCGAACACUUUCCCCAUCAAUCUCUAUGGAUGUUGCUGCCCAUAUUCAAGUCCUGCCACAGUAAUCGCAUCAAGAGAUCACGUCUAAUAUUCACCGAUGCCCGCCUUAACACACCCGCUUUUCAGAAGCUGCUCAAAGAUUUCAAUAUCUUGGCAGAACGUCUUAUUGAAUUGACCAAUAAGGAUAUUCCCUUCGAUAGAACCUAUCAAUUGAGCGCUUUGGUUAGGCAAUUGCCUCAGCUAUUUGCUGAUCCCAAUUUUUCAGAUAUAAUGUUGCCUUUUGAGAAAUACAUGCAGGCCUCUUGUCCCAUUGGUUCUACGUCGGCCACAGAGCCUUUGAAUGCAAGAUCUGCCUCAACAGAGACUACAGCAAAUUCCUGGCUGCCUAGUUAUCCCUUUCCGCCCGGAGUCUAUAUAUGUGGCAUAAGCGAAGAGGUGAUGGUGUUAAGGUCAGCGGCUAAACCCAAGAAAAUCACCAUUGAGUGUAGCGACGGCAAGGCCUAUAACGUUAUGGUCAAGCCCAAGGAUGAUUUGCGCAAGGAUUUCCGUUUGAUGGAGUUCAAUGGUUUGGUGAAGAGGUAUUUGCAUCAGGAUCCACAGGCCCGCCAUCGUCAUUUACGCAUACGCACCUAUGCUGCCAUACCCUUCAACGAGGAAUGUGGUCUGGUUGAAUGGCUUCCCAAUCUGAAUUCUUUUCGUGGCAUUUGCACAAGCAUUUAUCGCAUGAAAGGUUUCGGUGUACAUGAUCGUAAUAUACGCCAAUAUGCCUUACCCAAAACCGAUUCCAUCGAAAAGAAACGUGCUGUAUUUCAAGAGCUGCUGUGCAAAAAUCCUCCAGUAUUCCAUGAAUGGUUUCGCCAAAGAUUUCAUUCGCCUCACAGUUGGUAUCAGGCCCGCAGCUCAUAUGUUAAAACCACCGCGGUUAUGUCUAUGGUGGGUUAUAUUUUGGGCUUGGGUGAUCGUCAUGGCGAGAAUAUACUUUUCGAUGAAACGAAUGGAGAUGCAGUACAUGUGGACUUCAAUUGUCUUUUCAAUCAAGGCGAAUCGUUUGCAUUUCCCGAGGUGGUGCCAUUCCGUUUAACACACAACAUGACCUUUGCCAUGGGUCCCUUGGGUGUAGAGGGUCUAUUUAGGAGAUGUUGUGAAAUUACCUUACGAUUGCUGAAAGGAGAAUCGAAGACCUUAAUGUCGGUUUUAAGGCCAUUUGUCUAUGACAUAGGCUUCAUAGAUCGUUUGAAAACCAAGAAAACCAAUAGUGGCUUGGAGGUCACAGAUCCCAAGGCUAUAACUGAUGUGAAACGCAUAGAAGAACGUUUACAGGGAUAUGUUAAAAGAACUCAAGGUUUUAGUAUACCUUUAUCAACAGAAGGGCAUGUUAAUUUUCUAAUAACCGAGGCCACUGAUCUAGAUAACUUGGCUUCAAUGUAUAUAGGCUGGGGUUCCUAUAUUUAGUGUUAAAGUUAAACAGUUUUUUUUUUGUACCAAUACCAGUGUUUUUGUUUCUGUUCGUUUUAUUAUAUUAAAGCAAAACUCUGUGGAAAAAUAACACAAACGACAGAAAGAAAUUCUUAGGGUAAAUACUUUAAGAUACGUGAAUACAGCUAAA